CUUUUGUUCAGAAGAGAAACAAUACCGGGACUUGUUAGACCUUUCACAAGAUGAAGAAACUAUGGAAGAAAUGAUAAAUGCAACUGUUGAUUUAAAAAUCGAUUAUUUAAAUCUAAAAGAUAGAUUUCUACCUAAAACUGUGUGCGAAAAAUGUUAUUCAAGUUUUAUAAAGGCGCACAAGUUCUUCAACAAGGUAAAAUGUAGCCAGGAUGUACUGAAAUCUAAAUAUAAUUUGAAUUAUGUUGAUAUUAAAGAAGAAAAUGAAGUGAUUGAUGACCAUAGUCCUGUAGUACCACUAAGUCCAAAAUGCGAAGGUCCACAACCUCUAAAAAUGGACAUAGGCGCUCAGAGGCCAAUAGAGAUCCUAAUCUGUAAUAAACAAGAAAUUGAUAUUGAAUCCAAUAAAGAAACAGUUCAAAGUUUUGAUGCUACUUGUGAAAGUCCAAAUAAUGAAAGUCCGAUUCUUGAAAAUCCACAUAAAUCUCAAGACUUUGUAGAUGAUGAUGUUAUUCAUUCUUAUGAUGACAAUGACAAUGAAUCAUCGUUGGAUUCUGUCAACCCAGAUGAUAAACUAGUAAAAAUUAACAAAAAGACAUCAACAUGGAAGCACAAGAAAUGUCACAUGAAGUAUGACAUGUUAGAAUUCUUUUCUUAUGCUGGUGUACCAAUAUUCAAUGAAGAGGAAAUUAAAAGUAGUAACUCGGAAUCAUCUGAUAUGGACACCGGUCAUUCAAACCCCAAAACGGUAGUAAAACAGAUGGAUAAGUCCUGGACAAGUUACAAAUGUUGUGCCGAUUGCAAUUAUGUUUUGAUGAAUACUUAUAAUUCCUUUAUUGAACAUGUCAGACAACAUAGAAGCGUGUUGAGAUUAUAUUGCCAAUAUUGCAACCGCAAAUUCAAGAGUAAAACAGAGUGUGAAAAACAUUCGUAUGAGCAUUGGCAAGCUGAUAAGAUUUGCGAUUUAUGUGGAGAGCUUCUACCUGAUCAAGAUUCGCUUUUGCGUCACACCAAGCUGUACAAGCGCAUACGUUUACCGAGAAGCGCGGUCAGAGUGCGCCCUGAACUAGUACGUGGGGAAGAAGACAAGACAUGGAAGGACUAUCAUUGGACUUGUCAGGACUGCUACAUGCGUCACCCGGACGUGGAUUCUCUCCGCUCGCACGUGCAAACAGUCCACAAUAAAUGCUAUGCAAUUAAAUGCAUGGAUUGCCUUCGUGCGAUCGACAACUUUAGACGGUUUGUCAGCCACGUCCACAUUCACAGACCGCAUCUCAAAGACUAUUGCCACUAUUGUGACGUCCAUAUCACAGACGAAGCCGCUAUGAAACAGCAUCUCAACGACCACGAAACUGGAGACCGAAGACCCUGCCACGGUUGUGGGCAAAUAUUCAAGGACAACGCAGAAAUGUCACGUCACAUGAAAGAAUACAAUGCUCAACGCUGUGUACGAAUCUUGACAACAGAAGACUUGACUUGUCAUCAGUGUCACAAGUAUUUCAAGAGCAUCGGAAAUCUGAAAAUACAUAUGAGAGUUCACAGUAAUAUUUCUGCUCCGGUCCAUAUGUGCCAUUUAUGUGGAAAGCAUUUCCAAGCACCGAGUAUACUUAAACAUCAUAUGGAGUGCCACAAUAAUAAGAUCCACGUGUGCCAUAUCUGUGAUAAGGGUUUCAGUACUGUCCUCGGUUUAAAAAAGCAUGUUAACACUCAUUCAACUGACCGUCCAUUCUCAUGUAACGAAUGUGGGAAAUGUUACCGGUUGAAAGAGCAAUUGAAGAGACACAUUAUAGUGCAUAGUGAAGUGAAUCCGUACAAGUGUUCAUUUUGUGAGAAACAGUUUAAGUUCUCCAGUAAUUGGAAGAAUCAUGAACGUCAGCAUACAGGUGCUAGGCCAUACGAGUGCAAGGUUUGUGAUAAGACGUUUUCUAACUACUCAAACUGCGAUAAACAUAUGAAACGGAAACAUGGUAUGACUAUAUGCAAGCAUAAGAACACUGAUCAUGGUAAGAUGGAAAUAAAUCAACAGACAGGGGAAAUAAAAAGCCUGGUUACAAAUAAGGAGACACAGCAGUGGCUCGAUGAUUUGAUGAAAUCGAACAAAAGGUCAGGAGGACGAAAAAAGAAAGUAGACAAAAGUCAGUAAAUUAUAAGACUUAUGUUGUCAACAUGUCUUAAUAAGGGUUGUUG